AUGGCUUCCACAACCACCACCACCACCACCACCGGUACAACUAAACACAUCAUCUCAGAACUACCUACAUAUAUCACCGUCUACAGCGACGGCACCAUCGAGCGACCACGACAAGCACCACCAGUACCACCCAAUCUCGACGACCCAACUUCCCCCGUCUCAUCCAAGGACAUCACCAUCUCUCAAAACCCCAAUAUCUCCGCUCGUCUCUACCUCCCAAAAAACCCCAUCCAUAAACUUCCCAUCCUAGUAUUCUUCCAUGGAGGUGGAUUCUUCUUCGAAUCAGCUUUCUCCAAACUCUACCAUCAACACUUCAACACCUUCGUUUCUCAAGCAAACACCAUAGUUGUUUCCGUCGAAUACAGACUCGCCCCAGAACACCCUCUUCCUGCAGCGUAUCAUGAUUGCUGGACUUCACUCCAAUGGGUUGCUUCUAACCAAGAGCCCUGGCUAAUCAACCACGGUGACUUGAACAGAAUUUUCAUUGGUGGUGACAGCGCUGGUGGUAACAUAGUUCAUAACAUCGCCAUGCGUGCUGGCUCCGAACCUUUACCUAAUGAUGUUAAGGUUUUAGGAGCUAUUUUACAACACCCUUUUUUCUAUAGUUCGUACCCUGUUGGAUUAGAGGGUGUUAAACUCAAAAGUUCUGAUCAUGAUUUUUACUGUUCGGUUUGGAAUUUUGUGUAUCCAUCAGCUCCAGGCGGGGUUGAUAAUCUUCAUGUUAAUCCUUUGGGUUUAGAGGCGCCGAGUUUGGAAGGACUUGGUUGUGAGAGGAUGAUUGUUUGUGUUGCUGGGAAUGAUGGAAUAAGGGAAAGAGGGGUUUGGUAUUAUGAGAUUGUGAAAAAGAGUGGUUGGAAAGGGAAAUUGGAGUUGUUUGAACAAGAAGGUGAAGAUCAUGUUUAUCAUAUCUUUUAUCCUGAGUCUGAGAAUGGUCAGAAAUUGAUCAAACGUUUGGCUUCUUUUCUCCAUGAAUAA